AUGCGCGUAAACAUUGCAUUUCGUGCCGUUCGUCGAACUUACGCGGAUUUGGAUUAUGCUAUGCACAUGCCGAAAAAUUACGUGGAAAGAAUGAAGAGAAUUGUACCAAAAAAAAUAUAUGGGAAUCGUUUUGGCGCUCCAGAUCUCAUUCGAUGGACACUACGCCCUGAAGAUUAUGAAUUUGGGAAAGAACGACCAUGGACUGCAGAAGAACUAAAAAAAAGCUUUUCAUAUCCUAGCAUUGUAUUUAUGCUUGCUAAAAAUCGAUUGGUAAUUAAUUAUUUUAGAAAGACUGAACGGGUUCCCAGUGAAGAGUGGACUAUAUUCCCUGGAGAUGUAGUGCAGGUUAUGGUAGGUAAAGAUAAAGGAAAACAAGGAACAGUGUCUCAUGUCAUUCGUGACAUUAAUAUUGUUUUUGUGCAGGGAAUGCACAUGAUUCUGAAGGACCAAGAAAAAACAAAAAGGUUUGGAGUAAAAGAACCUUUGACUUGGGAAGAACAACCGUUGGAUGUUACAAAAAAUCAAGUGAAAUUAGUUGAUCCAAACGAUAAUGAGCCAUGUGAAGCUAAAUGGAUUUUGAAUGCGGAAGAAACUGAUUAUAUACGGGUGAGCACUCGAUCGGGAUAUGAGAUCCCAUUACCAAAGCGAGCCUUCGUUACAUAUGAUUAUAUUAUUCCGGAGAAAUAUAUGGAAGUUGCUGAUAAGGAUACUCCGGCAAAAAUCGUAUUACAGCAAACAUACGUCCCUAAAUUAUCAUCGUUUGAAGACGAUAUCAUGGAAGACAUGGGUAUUCGAGAAAAGAGAAAAGCUAAGUCCACUUAUUGGUAUUAG